GGGCUGGUUUGAAUACACUGAGGAACCAGUAUAAAAAUAGAAAUUGAAACUAAGAAAUAUGUGGUCGAGAACAAGUUACACUCUUCGCUAUUUUUCAAAGGAUAAACUGUUUUCUACUAACAAAUACAUUUUAAGGUUACAAAGUAGAAAAGCUAGUAGCGGUUCUAUUCAGAAAGCAGAUCUAGACGACAAAGGAAUAACUCAAACUAGUCAAAGUGGAGAGUAUAUCCAGAAAGCAUUAAAACCUAAAACGAAUGAUCCAUUUGUUAAAAAUUUAUUUCUUGGAAAUUUUGAUAAGGAUGCUCUGAUAUACCCUGAACUUACGAAAGAACAGUUAGAUGAUAUAAACCAAUUGGUGCAGCCCAUAGAAAGAUUUUUUGAUGAAGUUGAUUCAAAGACAAUAGAUGAAAAAGCUAAAAUUCCUGAAGAUGUCUUACAGCAAUUAAAAGAUUUAGGAUUAUUUGGUCAACAAAUUCCUGAAGAAUAUGGUGGCCUUGGACUAAAUGCUACAGAAUUUGCAAGACUAGCAGAAAUAACAGCACUUGAUGGUUCUAUAUCAGUCACAUUAGCAGCUCACCAGUCGAUUGGCCUGAAAGGAAUACUGAUUGCUGGAACUGAAUCUCAGAAACAAAAAUAUCUACCAAAAUUAGCAACAGGUGAAAAUGUGGCUGCUUUCUGUUUAACUGAACCUUCCAGUGGAAGUGAUGCUGCCUCAAUACAGACACGAGCAACAUUAUCAGAGGAUGGUAAAACAUUUCUUUUGAAUGGUGGGAAAAUUUGGAUAUCUAAUGGAGGAAUUGCUGAUGUGUUUACUGUGUUUGCAAAAACAGAAAUAGAGAAAGAUGGAGAAAAAGUUGAUAAAGUGACAGCCUUUAUUGUUGAGAGAGAAUUUGGUGGUGUGACCAAUGGUAAACCAGAAGACAAGCUUGGAAUCCGUGGUUCUAACACCUGUGAAGUUCAUUUUGACAACACUCCUGUACCUAUAGAGAAUGUCAUAGGUGAAGUUGGAGGAGGAUUUAAGGUUGCAAUGAACAUAUUAAACAGUGGAAGAUUCAGUAUGGGAAGUUCUGGUGCAGGCGUACUAAAGAAAAUGAUGGGACUAGUAGCCGAGCAUGCUACAACAAGAGCACAGUUUGGUCAAUAUCUGUCAGAAUUUCCACUUAUAAAGGAAAAAUUUGCCAGGUUAGCUAUAACAACCUAUGUAAUGGAGAGUAUGGCAUAUUUAACAGCAGGAACUUUAGAUGCAUAUGAACAACCAGAUUUAUCAUUAGAGGCUGCUAUUGUAAAGAUUUUUAGUUCAGAAGGUUGUUGGGUGUGUGCCAAUGAAUGUUUACAAAUAUUAGGAGGUUUAGGAUACAUGAAGGAUUAUCCAUAUGAACGCUUGUUGAGGGAUGGACGAAUCCUUAUGAUAUUUGAGGGAACAAAUGAAAUUUUACGAAUGUUUGUUGCACUACAAGGAUGUCAGCAUGCUGGAAAACAGUUGAAAGAUCUAGUCAAGAAAUUAAGAAAUCCAUUAGCCAACCCUGGAUUAUUUUUUGGAACCCUGAAAAAGAGAUUGAUGUCAGAUCCACUGAAGCCAGCAUUAAAAUUACAUUUGGAUGAAGAAGUGCAUCCUAGUCUAAAGACAGCUGCUCAGUCCUUAGAGACUGGAACCUUUAUAUUCCAGACAGCUGUAGAAAGAGUAUUAGAGAGGUAUGGAAAUAAAGUAGUACAUGAACAAUUAGAUCUUAAAAGAUUAGCCAACAUUGUGAUAGAUUUAUACGCCAUGACAUCAUGUAUAGCCAGAACUAGUCGAUCACUUUCUAUAGGAUUACGUAACUCAGAUCAUGAGUUGUUGAUAACAAACACAUUUUGUUAUGAAGCAGAUUUAAGAAUAAAACAUGAAAUGCAGGAGUUAUUGAAAGGUAAAACAGAAAAUACAGAUGAAACUAUACAUAAAAUAGCUGAUUUAGUUUUCAAAAACAAAGGAUAUGCAGCCUCACAUCCAUUGGACAGAAAUUGGUAGAACCAGAAGAUUGUAUUCUUUUGUUGGCUAAUUAUGAAGGAGAUAAAUUAGAGAAAAUAUGAAUUAGUGCAUCAUGCCAUGGCCAGAAAUACUAUUUCAUAUUAUUUAACUCAGGAACUGUGAUAAAAUUAUUUUUUAUUUACAUGUAUUUGUGAAAUUAUAAUUAUUAUGAUCAA